AUGGCAUCAAGUGAAGACAUUGAUAAACAUGUACUCAGAAAAUACGAAGUAUUACAGAAAUUAGGUAAAGGUGCAUAUGGUAUUGUAUGGAAAGCAAUUGAUAAAAAGACAAAAGAUGUUGUAGCAUUAAAGAAGAUUUUCGAUGCUUUCCAAAAUGCAACAGAUGCUCAAAGAACAUUUAGAGAAAUCAUGUUCCUUCAAGAAUUAUAUGGACAUGAGAAUUUAAUCAAACUAUUAAACGUUGUUAAAGCUGAUAAUGAUAGAGACAUUUAUUUGGUAUUUGAAUAUAUGGAAACUGAUUUACAUGCAGUGAUUAGAGCCAAUAUUCUAGAGGAUAUACAUAAACAAUAUACAAUCUAUCAAAUACUGCGAGCUCUAAAGUAUAUGCACAGUGGAAAUGUGUUGCAUCGUGACAUUAAGCCAUCGAACCUCUUGCUCAACAGCGAGUGUUUGGUUAAAGUGGCCGACUUUGGUUUGGCACGUAGCAUUGCGUCGUUGGAGAAUGUGACCGAGGCAAACCCGGUCUUGACAGAGUACGUUGCCACUAGAUGGUACCGUGCACCCGAGAUUUUACUCGGCUCUACCAAAUACACCAAGGGUGUCGACAUGUGGUCGAUCGGAUGUAUCCUUGGCGAGUUGCUUGGUGGCAAGGCCAUGUUCCCAGGCAACAGCACCAUGAACCAGUUGGAUCUUAUUAUCGAGGUCACUGGCCGUCCCACACCAGAGGAUAUUGAAGCCAUCAAAUCACCAUUUGCGGCCACCAUGCUCGAGUCGUUACCACCAACCAACCCAAGAUCUCUGUCUGAGAUGUACCCACACGCUUCACCAGAAGCUUUGGACCUACUCCGCAGACUACUCCAAUUCAACCCAGACAAGCGUAUCACCGCCGAGGAAGCUCUCCUCCACCCAUACGUCUCACAGUUCCACAACCCCACCGACGAACCAUCGACCGAUCGUAUCAUCAAGCUCCCCAUCGACGACAGUCAAAAAUACCCAAUUUCAGAGUACCGUAACAAACUCUACAAUGAUAUUAUAAAAAAGAAAAAGGAAACCAGAAGACGCCAAGCUUCCUCUUCCCGAGCAUCUGGAGAUGGAGAUAGUCAAAUGUCAAAUUCUUCUUCUUCAGCUCCAGCUUUUCCUGCAGUUCAACCAGUUUAA